AUGGGACUUCCUAUGUAUGUUUCACCAUCUCUGUCAAAGAGACAGCUUCCACCGAAACAGCCAACGUCACCACCACCAUAUACACCACCAGUCGAAGACGACUUUGAAGAAGCUUACCAAAACUCUAGAACAAGUGCCUUCGGUAAUGGUCGCGAUUUUGUUCAUCGAAACCCUGCUACUUCAUCGCUACCUAUAUACAGCGAUAUACCGGAGCCUAGAUUUGUGACUCAGCCAGAAACAAGGAGCCAGAGGCCAAGGUCUACUACUCUACCGUAUAAUGUAGUUCAGCAACACAUACAAAGACUUCAUCAACUUCAUCAAAUUCACCGUACAAGAGAACCAUCAUCAAAUUUGGCUUCAAGGCGUGGGUUACAUUCCGCACACCUUUUAAAUCUUAAUCGUACACAGCAACAGUUAUUGCAGCAGCAGGCUGCGCUGAGGUUACAAGAUAGGAAUCUUAAUAGUGAACUUGCUUUUGCCGCUGCUAGGGAAAGAUUAGACGAACAUAAUAAUAUCAAUGAUCAUAUCAAUCCUUCACAUCGUAAUCAUUCUUCAAGUGCUGCGUUAGAUAAUGUCAUUAGAAGGGUUAAUUUGUUGAGACAACAUCAUGAAAGUAGAUUUAUGAGGCCGUCUUCAUCUAGACAUUCCUCAUCUAGACAUCAUAGAUCAAUAACAGGACAUACUUCUGGAAGAUCUUCAAAUUCACGAAAUUCAUCAUCAACGGUAAAUUUAGAACGCAGAGAUGAGUUAGUUCAACGUGGAAUUGAUAUUCCUUCCUCAUCAACGGUUCGUCUUCCGACCUCUCAACUUCCAGAACCAACUAUGUUAUAUCCCAAUGAACAUAGCGCAUCGCCAUCUCCACCUGUUCCAAGACUUUCAACUUGGCGUCACAUUCAAGUUCCCGACGAUCAUCAUCAUAUAUCCCGUAUACUGUCGCCAAUACCCAGGAGGUAUGACGCUAGAUUAUCCGCAUCUUUACCUAAUGGAAAUGAGCAUGAAUUAUUGGAAACUAAUGUUGAUAAUAGAUCAAAUGUAGAUAGAGUGUUAAAUGGAAAUGAUUCUGUAAGAACAGAACAAAGAGGUUCAGCAUCAGGGGAGGUUUGUUAG